GUCCUUUUUGACUCGCGGGGCAUUCUGCAUUACAGAUCUAGGAUCAGCUUCAGUCAAAACGUUUAGCCAAAUAUUUAUUUUAAAAGGUAACUACUGACUCAGAGUCAGUGUAUCCCCCGACAUAUUUUCCUAGUUUGUGCUACCUACCGGUUUUGCAUAUCCGUCCAGUGUGGAAGUCACAGCUAUGGGCAGUGUGUUGGCUGCCACUACCCCAAAUCCUCCCCCAUCUGCGGGGGGUAGUGGUCCAGGGGGGCCUGGAUUGGUGUCGGUGCCCCCGGGGUUCACCAUGCCCCCAAUGUCCCCCCUCUCACCCUCUUCGACCACUGGAGCUAGCGCCACCAGCGAUGCAGAAAGUCCCCUCCCCAACCCUGGCAGCUUUGAAGAAUGCCACCGCAAAUGCAAAGAGGUCUUUCCCCUGCAAAUGGAAGGAGUGAAGCUGGUGGUCAACAAGGGCCUGAGCAACCAUUUCCAGAUCAGUCACACCGUUGCCCUCAGCACCGCGGGGGAUUCCAGCUAUCGCUUUGGCGCCACCUACGUGGGAUCCAAGCAGACGGGACCUGCAGAGUCCUUCCCCAUCUUGGUCGGAGACAUGGACAACAGUGGCAGCCUCAACGCCCAGAUCAUCCAUCAGCUCACCAGCAAAAUCCGCUCCAAACUGGUUUUACAGACGCAGCAGCAGAAGUUUGUGAACUGGCAGUGUGACGCGGAGUUCCGGGGAGACGACUGCACAGCUACCGUCACCCUCGGCAACCCAGACAUCCUCGUUGGCUCUGGCAUCGUUGUGGCGCACUACCUCCAGUCCAUCACCCCGUCGCUGGCCCUCGGAGGGGAGCUGGUCUAUCACCGCAGGCCUGGGGAGGAGGGCACGGUCAUGUCCCUGGUGGGCAGGUACACGGGCAUUAAUUACGUUGCCACAUUGACUGUGGGUGGCGCCGGUGCUCAUGCCUCCUACUACCACAAAGCCAAUGAUCAGCUGCAGGUAGGGGUGGAGUUUGAGGCCAGUACCCGGAUGCAGGACACCAGUGUGUCCUUUGGCUACCAGCUGGACCUGCCCAAAGCCAACCUGCUCUUCAAAGGUUCGUUAGACAGCAACUGGGUGGUGGGAGCGACUCUGGAGAAGAAGCUGAUCCCUCUUCCCCUGUCCCUGACCCUGGGUGCCUUCCUCAACCACCGCAAGAACAAGUUCCAGUGCGGCUUCGGCGUCACCAUCGGGUAGAGGCCUCGCGGGCCCACCGUACCCGCACGUCUGCACUGAGAGAAAGCGGGGCACCAAAGACUCGGACCGGGAGGGGCGAGGGGGCGGUGGCCGGACCCUGAGACAGACCCUGCCAGGGUUCCUGACCCGCAGACGCACGGAGGUCGCAGAGGAAGAGGAGGACCGCACCGCACCGCACCGCACCGCACCGCACCGAAGGACUCCUCAACGACGGUUUCACAGACCCAACUUCACAGAGAAAAAAAUAAAGGCCCUCACGGGCCGGGUGAAAAACACGGACGGAGCCAAUAGACUGUAAAACGAUGGAUGUUUGUUCUUAUUCCUGCCUGUUUGUUCUGUUUCCAUUUCAGUGUGUGGGGUGCACAGAGGCUUUUCCUGGUCAGAUGAUGAGGUCAUUGAUAUUACGGUUGGAAACAGUAGACCAGCGUAUGCAUGAAAUGGUGGAAUAAUCUUUUUAGUGUCCAGAUUGCUUUCUUAUAUGAGGCUGUAUGCAUUUCUGAGAGAGAGAGAUACAAUAUAUAUGUGGUAAAUUGCCCAGUUAGAAAAAUUGAACGAUUAAUUGUACAAGUGAAUUCUUUCAUAAAUAGCUGUAGUCGCAGUACUUUAUUAUGGGCUGUUUUGUCUCAGUAAAACUUAUCAAAUGAAAACUGUUCUGUGGGUGUUAAAGGGAUCACCCACAAAAACAAUUUUUGGUUUUGCAAGCAAGGUUGUUGCACCAAAUAUGUGUUCAUAUGUUUUAGGCAUAUCCAAAAAACACAGACUGUAUACAAAAGUUAA